CUCUUUUCUUCAUUGUGCUUUACUCCUCUACUUUUCAUUUUACAUUGUACUCAUAUUUUAUUAACAGGGUAUGUUUUAUCGUGUGUUUUAUCCUGUUUGCUGUUGUAUUUUUUCACUUUUAUUUUCCUUUUAGUUUUAUUGUGAUACAUUUCAUAAGUUUGUUUUUGCAUUAUUAUUGUCGCCUUUGUUGCAAUGUUAUGUAUAAUCAUCAUUAUCAUGGCUGUUCAGAAUAAUAUUAGUGUACUUUUGUUGUUUUUAUACGGUCGUUUGUUUGCAGGCUUGGUCGGUUCCAUAUUAACGUAGGUGCCUGGCGGUGUGUGUGUGUGUGUGUGUGUGUUGGUUUGGUCUGUUUCAUAUAAAGAGGGAGGGAGAGGAGGAGGAGGAGGAGAGAAGGAGGCCUCCUCACAGGAAUGGGACGUGGCCUGUGUUGUGCUCCCUUUGACUCUCCUCUCCUCUCCUCCAUACACACACACACACACACACACACAUACAUACACACACACACACGCGCACACACGGCGGGCCUGACGCGGAGCAGCAGGGGGUGAACAGACAGCAGCGUGCGCCUCCUCCAACCGGAACCCACAGGACGGAAGCAGUCCGCUCCGCGCGCGCCGAUUUGCCCCGGUCGACCGAAGAAGAAGAAGGCGGUUCGUUUCCGGGCGGCGGCGGCCGCCACAGCCGCACAGCCGCCGUGUGUCCAGCAUGAAACGGGCUGCGCUGCUCAGGCACAAUGGCCUCGUCUCCCCGCUGGGGAACAACAACUCCGGGGCCUCCAACGCCGCUCCUCCGCCCCAGCAGCGAGUUCCCGCCGGCGCCGCCUCCGCCGUCGCCGGCUCCGUCCCGGGCGGAGGAGGAGGCGGCGGAGGAGGAGGCAGAGAAGGAGGAGGCCUCCUCACGGAUUAUUCCAACAAAGGCCCGGCCAUCAAAACCGAGCUGGUGUGCAGAUGGACGGGGGCCGGGCGGAGCUCCUCCACGCGGACCGACCGGACGUCCGUCUGCGAGCAGACCUUCAGCUCCAUGCACGCGCUGGUGGACCACGUCACCGCCGCGCACGUGGCCGCGGGCCUGGACGCGCUCAGCCACGUGUGCAUGUGGGAGGCGUGUGCGCGCGCCGGCCGGUCGUUUAAAGCCAAGUAUAAACUGAUCAACCACAUCCGCGUGCACACCGGGGAGCGGCCCUUCGCGUGCGCCUUCCCGGGCUGCGGCAAGAUGUUCGCGCGCUCCGAGAACCUCAAGAUCCACACGCGCACGCACACGGGUGAGAAGCCGUUCCAGUGUGAAUUCUGUGAGCGCCGUUUUGCUAACAGCAGCGACCGCAAGAAGCAUUCGCAGGUCCACACGGCCUCCAAGCCCUAUGACUGCAAAGCCCUGGGCUGCACCAAGUCUUACACCCACCCCAGCUCGCUCCGCAAACACAUGAAGGUCCACAUCAAGUUGUCUCCUACCUCUGAACCGCACCAUGCCUACGAGUCCAUCCUCCAUCAGCAGCCUCUCCCGGCUACCCUCGAACCCCUCAAUCUUAAAAUGAACCACCUCGCCUCCUCCUUCCCCGACAAAAUGGCUCAUUUCCCGCCUCUCUCCAGCGCCAGCUUGGACAGCGGCUCUGCCCGCGACUUGGACUGCAAGCUCCUCCUGCGGAGUUCGUCUCCUGUGGCAAUGCCCCUCGACCUCUCGGUGUCCAGCCUGGUGAAGAGCCGCCUGGCACAGCAGAAACAGGGCAGCAGGAGCACGCGGAGGACCCAGCGGUCGGUCAACCCGCCAUUACCUCAGGUGUCGAACAUUAAGGAGUGGUACGUGUGUACCAGGACUACAGCCCAGCAGGAGUUUGGCUUAUUAAAUCCAGAGGACAUCAAAUCAGAACCGAGCGAUGAUGAGGAGUAUAAUACAUAGGACAGACCGACUGAUAAAAAACCAACACAAGAUAUCAGAUAUCAUCAGAUGCAGGUUCAGCCAGAGGACGGUGUGAAAAAGGAUUUCUACAAAACUGAUUUCCAAACCGGGUCCUACAAUGUAGUGGUCACCUGCUAGCCCUGGGUAGGGGGACUGGAAGCUGUGGUUUGGAUGGUUUGUGGAUUUGUGGCUAUCUCCAAUGGAUAUUCCCACACAGUUCCAGUCCACGAAGCCUCGGUUUCAGAUGAACGGGACUUGCUGAUCUCCUUCCUCCUCAGUCGAAGAAUUGCCCUGAGGUCCCUUUGGGAUGGGAUUUGAACCUCACACACAAGAAAUCAUAAACAGAGAAAAAGAUCCGUUUCAGGGUUUGCUGAAAACUCCCUUUUUAAGCCGUACAAAAUUAAA